UUGCCAUCCAGAAAGCUAGAGGUUAGUUUCUGGUACGUAACUACGUACGUAAGUGGAGCUAGCUUAGGCUGCAGUAGUAGUAGUUAACUAGUUAUGUUUCAUUCCUCCGAUGAAGACCGAUCAGUCUUGCCACCUUACUACUACUACGUUAGCAACUCCAAAGAGAUGAUAAAUGGAACAUCUUUGAUCCCAAGAUUUGGUUCUGGAAAUUUGGGUCCAGUUUUGCAGCCUGCGGGGGGGCGGUUUCGUCAUCUUUCUCUCCCACCAUGUUUACCACUAAACCAAUCUCUUCCUCCUAAUUAUUUACCGCCACUUCUUCCUCUCCCACUUUCCAAACCCCAAACUGGUUCUCUUUCUGGCCCUCUAACCACUAAUACCAAAACCUGCAGAUCAGACCCUCGUAAGAAAUCCAAGAAAAAACUAAAGCAGCCCUCCUGCAGCAGAAACCCCGGCGGCAAACAAGAAACAGCCUUGAAAUCUGAUAACACAAAGGUGUUAUUGGGUCUGUCUAAAAACCAGCUUCCCAGUAAUAAAGUUUCCCAUAACGCAAACGUUAUUAGUACUACAAGCGGCGAUGGUUGUGUUAAGGAAAUAGAUGAACAGUACGAUGUGGUUAUUGGACUUGACGACAAGUUUUCAACCCGUCGUGAUCGUGAUCGUGCGGUGUUUACGCUCUCUCCUCCGCCGAGCAGUUUGCCUUUUCCCACUUUUUCAUUGAGGCCAAAGCUCCGCCGCUCUGCUCCGCCUGCCGGAAAUCCGGAUCAGCAACGUAACUGACAAUCUCCGAUCCGUCGACUUCCUCCACUACUCUCCGGUCAAUCUUGUACUGUUAGUUCUUAAUUAUUUCUGUUACGUUGAUGACAAACUUUCAUGGUAUAGUACGUACCAAAGUUUUAGGUUCAUAUAUGCAUCCAGGCCGGCAUAAUCGUCAUAUCAAGCUAGCCGCCAAUACUUUUUAUUCUGGGACUGGCUAGCCUGGGUCCUGGGGCUGCCAAAACAUAAAUCAAGGUUGUCCGUCGUUCCAAUAUAAUGUACUUCUUGAUAUGCAAUUUUCUCAAGAAGAAAUUAAUAGUAUUCUCACAGUAUAUGUUA